GGGCUUUUGAUGAAGGGACGGCGGUGGGAAAGAUGGCGACGACUCUGGCACCCUCGGGGUGGUGGCGACGGUGGCGGUGGUUUUUGUCCGCUCAAGAUGGGUCCAGGAUGUUGUUCCUUCUCUUUUUGUUGGGAUCUUGGCAGGGGCCACGGCAAGUCGGGGCGGGUCAGACGUUCGAGUACUUGAAACGGGAGCACUCGCUAUCGAAGCCCUACCAGGGUGUGGGCACAGGAAGUUCCUCACUGUGGAAUUUGAUGGGCAACGCCAUGGUGAUGACCCAGUAUGUCCGCCUUACCCCAGAUAUGCAAAGUAAACAGGGUGCCCUGUGGAACCGGGUGCCGUGUUUCCUGAGAGACUGGGAACUGCAGGUGCACUUCCGAAUCCAUGGACAAGGGAAGAAGAAUCUGCACGGGGACGGCUUGGCAAUCUGGUACACAAAGGAUCGGAUGCAGUCAGGGCCUGUGUUUGGAAACAUGGACAAAUUUGUGGGGCUGGGAGUAUUUGUAGACACCUACCCCAAUGAGGAGAAGCAGCAAGAGGCCCAGAAGAGGCGAUAUUCUCCAGGAGUCCAGCGGGUGUUCCCCUACAUCUCAGCCAUGGUGAACAAUGGCUCCCUCAGCUAUGAUCAUGAGCGAGAUGGACGGCCCACAGAGCUAGGCGGCUGUACGGCCAUCGUCCGCAACCUCCAUUAUGACACCUUCCUUGUGAUCCGCUAUGUGAAGAGGCAUUUGACGGUAAUGAUGGACAUUGAUGGCAAGCACGAGUGGAGGGACUGCAUCGAGGUGCCCGGGGUCCGCCUGCCCCGUGGCUACUACUUUGGCACCUCCUCCCUCACUGGAGACCUCUCAGACAACCAUGACAUCAUCUCCCUGAAACUGUUCGAGCUGACAGUGGAUAGGACCCCAGAAGAGGAGAAGCUGCAUCGAGACGUGUUCUUGCCCUCGGUGGACAACAUGAAGCUGCCUGAGAUGACAGCCCCUCUGGCACCCCUGAGUGGCCUGGCCCUCUUCCUCAUCGUCUUCUUCUCUCUGGUGUUUUCCGUAUUUGCCAUUGUCAUUGGGAUCAUACUCUAUAACAAGUGGCAGGAAAAGAGCCGGAAGCGUUUCUACUGAGCCCUCCUGCCGCCACCUCUGUGGCUGUCACCAUGGGGUGUGGGAGGGGCAGGUGCUGGCCUGCGCGCAGCCCGGCAGUCUCCUCCAGUCUCCAGCCUCUGGUCAGGGGCUCUGUUGUCACUGGAGCUUUGAAUGCAAGGACACUGCGUUCCCGUGGUCACCCGUGGGCCCCUCUGGCUCUGGUUCAGGACGCACACCCACCCAGGGCCACGUGGCGGUGAUGUGCCUUUCCCUGAGGCAGUCUCUGCUGUCACGACGCCCAGAUCAUAGAACAGAACUUCAGAGGCGGCUGCCUUGGCGUUGGACUCGGGACCCUCAUGCUUCACAUUGAAAUCUGCAGAGAAUGGAAAACUCCUCACACCUUCCCGCCAUCCAGUCAUUGGAGUUUGCUCUUUGAGCCUCUGUCCACCUGAGGAGCUCUCCUUGGCACUCUGGAUGGAAACUCUUCCCGCCUCACCUCCUCCCCUCUGUUCAAUGUCCUUCCAAGUCCAGGCUCAGCUGGAGAAGACAGCCGAUGGCUGCCUGUCGGGGCUACAGAACAGGCGGUUUCCCUGGCCCUCACUGCGUGGCCAGAGGAAAGGGCUGGCUGCUCUGGCUCCCUGUGCGAGCCUUUGUCUGUCAGCGUGCUUCUAGGUUCUGUUGGCGUGUUCGUGACCUUCCCAGUAAGGUCCCUUUACGCCCUCAGUCACGUUUGGCUGGAAGCUGGUGUGCAAGUUAAGAAGCUUGGAAGAUUUCAUGGAGGCCGUGGGAUUAACUGUGACACUGGCCAGGUCUUGACCCAGAAAGCAACGUUUGCUGUGUGAUCUGACCACAUGGAGACGUUUCUGGAUCAUCUGGAAUCCCUUAGCUGCAUGUUUUGUGUCUGUCAUGGUCUUUGGAAUCCUGCGUUGAGUGUUCAAAAUGCAAGGACGCUUUCUUCCAGCCUCGGUCUGGGCACUGCCCGGGAGGAGAUCUGGCUUCUCUUCCUAAUGGAUAAGAGAGCUGCUGUUCUCAGGUCACUCGUCGGGGGCGAUAGACCGUGGUCCCGUGACUGGGAGAGACUGUUGUCACUGAGCACCGGGGCCUGCGUGUCACCCUCCAGGCCCGCCCUUAUGCCACUGCCUUACUUGACAAGGGGUCCAUGCUGCUCACCUGGCUGCCCCGUGAUGAAACCGGCAGGGGGCCAGAGUCUCCCUGAGGGCCUGCUCUGAGCUCCCCCGCCAAGCGCUUGUGUAGCCUGAGGGAGAUUUGUAAAUGACUGAUGGAAACCAA